AUGGCAAUGAGUGCAAUUGAUUCUAACGUUAGAGGAAUAAGUGAUAUUAUAAGUGCUGUUCAUAUGUCUCAGAGUACUCAUGCAGAUUUAAAUUUGGCUAGUCACAUUAAUAGCAAUGAAAGAGAUUGGCACGAAGAAUUUGGAGGUUUACAAACAGCAGCAGAAAUUUUGGCAACUCCAAGAGAAGAAAAACCGGCAAAUUCCCCUCUUCCUUCAGUUGUUGAAUCGCCUAAAGAAGUUGUUACUUCGGAAGAUGUGGAUGAGGAGGAGGAUGAUGAACAGAAAGUGCCGGAAAGGUUUUUUAUUUGA